AGGGCAGAGCUCUUGGUGGAUGAUAGGGAAUGCCCGAUAGUCGCGUCUGCCGAUAAUAGCACAUCAGCCAGAGCGCUGCUACUGGGGCAGCAGAGCACAGGCAGCGCGGAGGACUGAGCCGCUGAGCGCACAAUGGUUCACCAGGCAGGGAGCGAGAAGGCAGAGCGCAUCCGCACAUGUACAGGAGAGGAGGACUGAGCCGGAGCAGGGCAGCAGGGAGAGGAGCAGGAGGAGGAGAAAAGUUACCCGGUCAGCAGCUGAGACUCACUCGGGUCUCAGUCCCAGUGGAGCAGCCAAGCACAUCAAUGAGCAGAGCAGGAGGAGAGUGAUAUUACAGCAGUAAGAGCUGCAACUUCUCAGAAUCCAGCCUGUCACAAGGCAAACAGGAGCCGCUGCACUGCUUACUCCAGGAUUAUCACAGGAAGGCAGAGGACCCUUGCUGUGAAUCUGCCCCCAAAGUGCCUCUGCUGCUCCAUCCAACUCACUUCUGCAGGAGACCACAGGAAGGUGGAUGUAGUUGGGUGCCUUUGUCUUUUUUAAUUUUCUUCUAAACUGUGAAGCAGUGGAGAUUUGAAGGGCAAGUAGUUCUGUCUUAUCUCUGGGACUAUGUUAGACUGUGCAUCAGCAGCAGCAGGCGCUCUAGAGCAUGGAGAAGUCCAGCAGUGAGGAGUCAGCCAUUCACCGUAGUCCGUCAGUUGACAGCCGGGAUUCUGAUUUUCCUCAAGCCUCCACGUCUGGCCGGCCGUUCGGCGGCCGCGGCUUCACUGCCGGCGCUUUCUACGGCUCCACAGGGCCGCGCAAAAACACACAGCAGGGGCCGGCCGGAGCGGCGGCCGGAGCGGCAGCCGACACCGGCGCCGCGGACAAGACCAACAAGUACAGCUCACCCAAAGGCAGCAAAUACGUGGUCUUUUACCUGGACCUAUCCUUUGUGUUCCUUCUAGAGUUCAAGAAGUGCAACAUGGCGAGAGGCUGCUUGUGCUGCUUGAAGUAUCUGAUGUUCAUCUUCAACCUCAUCUUCUGGUUGUGUGGCUGUGGGCUGCUUGGCGUGGGCAUCUGGCUCUCUGUGUCACAGGGCAGCUUCGCCACCUUCUCACCUUCAUUCCCGUCUCUGUCGGCUGCCAACAUGGUCAUUGCCGUUGGCGCAAUCGUCAUGGUGACGGGCUUUCUUGGUUGCCUGGGUGCCAUUAAGGAGAACAAGUGCCUGCUUUUAAGCUUCUUCAUCGUACUGCUGAUCAUUCUUCUGGCAGAGCUGAUCAUCCUCACCCUCUUCUUUGUGUACUCUGAUAAGGUGAGCGAGAACGCUAAGCAGGACCUGAAGGAUGGGCUGGCUCUUUACAACUCGGACAACAACAUAGGCCUUCGAAAUGCAUGGAACAUCAUCCAGGCGGAGUGGAAGUGCUGCGGUGUCGUAGCGUACACGGACUGGCACGAGGCCCUGAAGGAGAAGGUGGUUCCUGACCGCUGCUGCCAGGAGCAUUACCAAAACUGUGGCCGCAACUCCACCAACAUGUUCUGGAGCCGGGGCUGUUUUGAGAAGGUGGAGGAAUGGCUGGGUGAAAACAAGCAUCUGCUGGGAACCAUAGGCAUGGUCAUCUUGGUAGUGCAGCUGUUGGGCAUGGCGUUCUCCAUGACGCUCUUCCAUCACAUCCACAGAACAGGGAAGAAGUACGACGCCUAACCUGGGCGGAGGAGCCCCACUGCCUGCUGGGAAGAGACUCUGAAUCCAACAUCCAUGCUCUCCGUCUCACUUCACCACUUGUGUAAAGCAUCCUGUGCUCCUUCCUGGCCUGUACAGAUUCCAGCUGUGUUCCUGCACCGUUCCUUCUCUCUCCUCCUCUCAUUCAUUUUGCCAAAGAGUAACACAACUGGAGCUGAAGGGACACCUACUUUUGGCACGCAAGAGAAUAACAUUGGUUCAGAAUGAAAUAUACUUUGUUUUUUCUCAUCUUCUUGGUCAUUUUUCUUGGACUAACAAUUUGCUGGAAGGAAAGUUGGAUUUUGAGACAAUGAAGACUGAACUGAAGCCCAUACAGCAUCUCCAAGGUGAAGAAAACCCAUGAAAUAGAAACUGAGACUUUUCUCCUUUCUGGAGGUUUUUUCAUGUUGAUCAACACAAAGCUCCCCGUUUUCCCUUGUAAAUGGAUGAAGACCCAAUAAGGCAUGCUAGUUUUUUACUUCUCUGAAACUUUAGUUUUAAACUUGUCAGAUUUGUUUUUUAUUCAAACGCUCCUGCAGAGUGUUGGUAGAUGCGCUGCGUGUCGGCUCGGGUUUGACGUGAAGGGGCACAGACAUGUCUGAGUGGUUUUUGUUGUAAUCCAUUAUCUUUUUUUUUUUUUUUUUUACUGUGCUGGAGAGAUUAGGGUAAAGGGAAAGUGUUGGAAGAACAUCAUGUGAGCGCGAGGAAUUAUCAGUGGAUUUAUUUGCCAUCAAAUUCUGCAAAAUCCGCUUGGUAAUAAACUUUAAUUCAUAAAUCUGUCCUUGAACACGCAUUGCUGUGUUCAAAUUCCCCUGUGAGGCAACAUUCACAGUGCUAAGCUGUUAGCGCGCCACGAAGGGAUCCGGGUGAUAAAGUCUUUUUUUUUUGUUUGUGUGUUUAUCUCUGUGUCUGUUUGAUCACUCACAGGAGGUAAAACCUAGAAUCAGAGAGGAAAGGCUAACGGCAGACAUGUUUUCUCCCUGCUGCAGCCAUCAGUUGUGCUGGCAGGAGGAGGCCAGCAGCUUCUCCUCCAGCUCUCAUUCCUUCAAUCAGCCUCAACUCGACCCUGCCUCCAUUUUUUUCUGUUUACACCCCGAUUCUCUUCCCACAUUUCAGGAAGCAGUGAGUUUGACACUCCUGCUCAUUACUCAGUCACACCUCUGGUUUGCAACUUCACAUAUUUCAUGUAAGCUUACUUUUCAUGCAGCCUAAAGAGGAAUUGGUGGGGGGGGAGUAAGGGGGCUGGGAUCAAAGCCAAGGCGGAUAGAUAUAGCAACACAAACCCUGUAGGACACGUCUGUUUACGCACUGAUGCACCGCAGGAAGCCUGGGCCUCAGUCUGACUCCUGCAGACCAAAAAUACUCUUCAUCUGCUGGUGGCUUGGAGAGAAUGCCCCCCAGUUUAUCUCAGGAGGUAUAAAGAGGUGUGAAGAGCUACCUUUAUUGGAUGGGGAUCGGUUUAGCUGCGGCUGUCAGGCUUAGGUUAUUCAGUUUUCGUGACGUCUCCGGGGUAAAUUGUUUUGACAUCUACAACGAAGGAAAAGAAUCAGCAAAUUAAGAGACAAGUUGCAGAAAGAAAAAACCUGAGAGAUUUCUGGCUUUAUUUACAGCGAGGAUGUUCGGUUUACAGAGAACGAAGCUACGCUGCAGCGUGUCCGCACAAAGUGAAACAGGCCAGCUUUAAUCAGAGAGACGGUUGAUUAGCUGCAAACUGGAGCAGAUCUGACUGCAGAUUAAACACAAAUGAUGAGAUAUGAGCAGUAAGAAGUGAAAAAAGAGCAUGUGUCCUUUUAACCCCGGUGUCCCUUUAGGUUGUGUUUUCUUAAAGAAUGUCAUUAAAAUAUUAUAUGCAAAAUAUUUUUCACACAUCAACUAAUACUCACUAAUUAGUUUUAUUUAUUUUUUUUUAUUCUAGUGAAUUUUAGCGAUUAAAGUCUGUAUUGGAAUCAAAUUACAUGAUUCAAAAACUCAGAAGGGACACAGAUUACUUUAUUUCACUUAAAAUUCAUUACCUGGAGAGACAUGAAAAUUCAAAUUCAGCUGAAAUGCAUCACCUGGCCAAUAUUUACACAGUAACUGGAAAAGUUCUGCAAAACUAAAAUAAAACAGAGGAAAUGUUGAUUUUUCAGGCUCACUCCUUCUCUGCUUUUCCAGCCUCUGUCUUUGUGGUUUUCUGCUGCUGCAGCACUUUUAUUAUUAUUUUUUUGUGACACAUCAUUGUGUAUGAUUAUAGUUAGAGGCUUUGUUUGUUUAGAAAGCUACCCAGCGGUAUUGUUCGCAGCGAACGCUAGCUAGGCAGAAUGAGGUCGAGACGGCGCCGUCGCCUGAUUGGUGGCUUUCUGUUUCCGUUUAAUUCACUGAAAUUACUCAGCUAAAGCCGCAGCAUCCAGUGCAUAAAGGCACUGGACACCUGAAGGGCAUCCCACUGAAUAAAUCACAUUUCUAACCUCCCUCACAAGCCUGGUUUCCACCCGUCCAACACUCUGGAAGCAGAGCUGCUGCAUUCACAGCCUGAACUUCCAAAGCUGCUACACAAAGUAUUAAAGUGACUGUAAUUCAAAUUUAGUUAAAAUUCUUGCAGUUUGCGUCACUUGAAGCUUGAACUCUACAGAAGAGGAUUAGAGCCACGGGGAAAAAAAGAAAACUUAUUUUAAUCUCAGCAUUAUGACUUUAUUAAAGUCAGAAUUCUGAGAAAAAAUUCAGAAUUUUUUCAGUGGUCGUAUUUCUCUUCAGUAGAACUCUGCAUAUUUGUGCAACAUGUGUUUUAAUUGAUCUUCUGGCCGGAGGGCAGCUGGGGUUCCCGGUUUGUUCUGCAGAUUUGGAGCGCUCUGUGCAGCCUGAGAUAUUCUGCGCCUCUUCUUGUCGUGUCCAUGGGGUUAACAUGACAGCUGCUGUUGUACACUGCAUGCACGACUGGUUGCUCCUCUCUUAGCCCCCACAGCUUGGCUGCCUCCACAAACUCCACACGACUGUUUUCUCCCUUAUUUACCGCCUGGCUCUGCAGACGCCUGGCUCCACACGGAGACGCUGCAGAGAAGCAGCUCAGCUCUGUGGAAAGCAGCAGCAGAGGGAAACGUUCUGCACUGAGGAGGGUUACAGCUACAGGAGGAAUCAGUGUUACUGUCGCAGCUACAGUGAGGCUGCACUGUACAACUCACAAAAAAUCUAGGUGAAUAUUUCACUGUACUCACGUUAAAUAGAGAACACAAGGAAGCAGGAUGCAGAGGAUAAAAAUUCUCCAGAUGUGACGUUCAAAGCCUGCAGACUCUGUAACGCUUCGCCGCUGAGUCAUGCGAAUACAGAGACUCUGAGUGUGAACUCUGCUUCAACUCUGCCACUGUCGCUUAGUUUGGGCUCAUCGCUGCGUUUUUUUAGAACGUAGGGACAAAUGACAUUUUAACAAAAGCUGUCCGGUGAUGUUAUUUUUGUAUGUUGGUUGUUGCUGUUUAAUGUUUGUUUUCUACUGUUUUUGUUGGCUUUUUGUUUCUGUUUGUGACAGACGCUCCACUGACUCUCAUUGUACACAGAUGACACCUUUAAUUCAUUUUUUCCACAGGGGAUUAGUCUUGGCAGCGCUUCUCUACAAGGUGCAAAAAUGCCUUUUUUUGUCUUAAUACUGGAACAAGCACAUCGAUUCAGAAUGAAUGGAGGGAAAAUUUAGCAAACACACUCCACUGCCAGCAGUAUUCUCUGGUCUACCUUCGUCUGAGAGAUGUAGAGUUUAUAUAAAUUUAUAUAUGAUGGCAGCCCACAGUUUGCAGCCGUGGAAAUUGUUGGCCGUUCUCCCGACUUUUUCUCGCCAGUCUGAACAGCUCACUUUGGUUUCACCGUCCUAAAAAAUCAGUUUUGUUCCACAUCCAUAUGUGUAACAUAUCUGUUUGUUUUCAAAUCUUCUACACCUUGUGUCAAACUGAAGGUGCAGGGGCCAAAAGAGGGCCGCAUGAAUAGGACCUUAAAGAUAAGAUGUGUGCUUAAAUAUUAUUUUAUUAGUCAAAGUAAAGCAGUUUUAUCUCAGUUUUUAUUAACACAGCCAAAUUACACCAACGUGAAAAUUUCAAAAGUUUGUUAUUGGGUUUUAUCAAUACAUCUUGACUCAACUUGUAUCUUAUCCAAACUGAAAAAAUGAUUUUCACAUCGUUGGUCUGAAUUUUCAUGUUUAUUCCGACUUUUACCUGAAACCUGCGUCAUAGUUCUGCACCAGGAGAAGUCGUAAACAAAGGCUGAAAAUUGUAGUUAUAAAAUUAUGAAAGAAGUGUGUGUGUGUCAGUGAAGUGUAACAAAUCCCAUUCCCACCAGUUCUGGUCUGACUCUACAUCCAAACAGAACCGGGUCAGAAGCUGUAGUCGUGGGCUAAAUUCUUCCUUUUCCUCAUCUUAUGAUUUUGAGUCAGUGACAUUAAAAUGGGUCCAUUAUAAACGCAGCGCUGCUGCUGUCACCUCUACGUUCUGCUGUGCAUGUGAGUCGCUUUGAUGUUAAAAACUGUUCAUACAGAAAUAUGAUCUAAUCAGCAGAAUCAAUGACCACGCAAAAAAUUAACAAAAUCGUAAUUGAGCAUUGAAACUUGCUGUGAUUUUACACAGCCUACUACUUGGUGGCUGUAACUCCCAGCUGUUUCCACUUUGCUUUGCUACCACUAACAGCUGAUGUGGAAUAUUAAUUUUUCACAGAUGCUUCUAGAAACAGUCUACCUUCCCAAAUGCUGGAUUUGAUGCUCCUGUUGCAGCUGAAUCCAACGAUUCGGACGACUGAGCGAAUACUUUUGGUCAUGUAGUUAAUGACUGGAGACGCGCCGCUGGCAGAUUCCACUUCUAGUUUUAAAUAAAUGAGGAUGUGCAGUUUAACUGCUCAUGUCUCUCUAAUGUACCAGCCCCACCUGUAUAUACAGAAAUAUAUUCUCAUCUUACAACUGAUGCAAGUCAGUGUUAGCUUCAACACAAAUAAUGAAUAUAUUUACACUGACAGCUCAAUUUUCUAACAAACUAUGUGCUUUCAUGCCUACUUAGACAUAUCUUCUUGUACUGUACGUGUCUGUUUUCCUUGUUUGCUGUUCUUCCUUCACUUGCAGUGUAAAUUUUAUGUAAAUUUAUGUUUUUAUCAGUAAGCUUUUCGUGUCUCGUUUGACUGGAUUUUGGUCUUGUAGUAAAAACAUAUUUUUUCAUUUCAGAAGAAGCAUAAAAUAUUAUUUCUCAUCCCUCAGUAAGUCACAGAGAUGCUGAGGACUAAAUGCAUCGCAGCGAUCCGGGUUUUGCGUAGCUCUGAGGGACUUGGAGAAGUUUCUUUUUAUUUGAAUCACUUACAUUUUUUUUACCUCCUUUCGGCGUAUUAUUUUGUGUAAUCUGCUCUGAAUCCGUCUCCUGAGCUGAAGCCGAAUCUUUGAGCGGUGGAAAUGAUGCUCUACUGCAGAAACGGCGUGUUUGAUGUUGUGCUCUGCGGCGGCGUCUGAUGCCUGCCAACAUCGUCCUGUGACUUCCUGCCACAAAGCCACUCUAUCCGAGGUGGUGCACUUACCUGCUCUUUUCUCUCCAAAUCAACUAUUUUUUAAAUAAAGGAAAGUGUGUCACUAAACCCCAAGAUAGCGCACAGUCAUUGCCUUUCAUGUUUAAUGACUCAUUGCUUCUGAUUUAUUCUCAUUUAUGUGAUGCUGUCAAUUAUAUAGGCCACAUUUAAACACUGAUUCAGGUUUUAUGGAGAGGGGAGAGUGAGAGGAAUUUGCCUGUCCAGAUCUCAUGAAGUGUUGAAUGAAAGAGAGGCAUCCCUGCCUCAGAGCUGCUUCUUCCUGGUAACCCUGCAGUUCUCCUGAAGACGAGCUAACAGCAGCCGGCAGGUUGAGCUCUGAGGCUCUUUAUAGAGAACAAAUGGAGAUGAUGAAAGUCCAAACUAUACUGGCAAUUUGUCUCACACUUUAACAGGAUGGAAUGAGCGGCAGCAUGUUUUCCACAGAUCUCCUUUUUAACCUAACGUCAUCAGAAGUGUGUGUGUGUGUGUGUGUGUGUGUGUGUGUGUGUGUGUGUCUGCGUGUUGGAGAGAGUAAAAGAGAGAAUGCAUGUUUUGUGCCAUUCCACCCUCAGGUUUGUUUUGUCGUUUUAGAUCGCUGUUGUUUCUAUGCAAAACUCUGACCUAUUUUAGCCUUUGUACAGAUUAUUUUGUAUGAGUAACAUGUAUUGAAAUAAAGUGAAAGUAAUCUAGA